CAGAGUCACAGGUACAGUUGUUAUGGGUUUAAGAAUGGAUGGUCAACAGCAUGGAGUAAUGAAGUGACUCUCUCAGUGAUAGAGAGACCAAAAGCUGUUGUGACUCUGCAGCCUGAUGGAGAAAUAUUCAGUGGAGAGAAAGUCACUUUCACAUGUGAAAUACGAGGACAUGCAGACACUGUGGAUGGGAAAUGGAUGUACAGCUGGUAUAAAGAUGGUGUCCAACUUUUUGCCCCUGUUGAAAACAGAGAAUAUUCAUUUACUGCUGUAGAGUCUUUCAGUGGUAAAUAUACCUGCAGUGGACAGAGAAAAAGUGACUCACAGACUUCAGAGACCAGCACUGCUGUUGCACUCACUGUGUCAGAAAAACCUAAACCUAAACUCACAUCAAACCAUGAAGGAGAUGUACUGACAGGAAACUCAAUGACUCUGUCCUGUACACUGAAGCUACAGUCUGCUGGAUGGAAGUUUUACUGGACCAAACCCACACAGAGCUCUGAGACUGAGACUGAAACAGACUCCUACAUCAUCAGUUCAGUUAGUGUCUCUGAUGGAGGUCAGUACAGGUGCAGAGCUGGAAGAGGAAACCCAGUCUACUCCUCAGACUACAGUGAUGCACUCUGGAUAAAUGUUACUGAGAGUCCUAAAGCUGUGGUGACCAUAAAGCCUGACAAACGUGUGUUCAAAGGGGAGUCUGUAACUCUCAGGUGUGAAAUACAGGGAGGAGGAGACACUGAGUGGACAUACAGCUGGUAUAAAAAUGAUUACGAACUCUACCGAGAAAACAAAACACAGGAGUUCAGCCUCAGCUCAGUUAGAAAUAAAGACAGUGGUAACUACACCUGCAGAGGGAGGAGAAGCAGUGACACUCAGACCUCAGAGAUCAGUGAUGCUGUUACUCUCACUAUAUCAGAUGUAGCAGAGGCAGUAGUGAGUGUGUCUCCAUUGAGCUGGCUGACUGAAGGAGAUUCAGUGACUCUAAGCUGUGAGGUUAAACACUCCUCUACAGCCUGGACAUUCAGCUGGUACUCAUAUGUUCUGUACAGAGACAGUCAGGGUUCCAUCAGGUACAAUAGAGAACUCCUCUCAGACAACAGCAGAGGAUCUGGAGGCUCCUACACUCUCAGUCCUGUUACUCUGAAUCACACAGGAGUUUAUGUGUGCAGAGCAGAGAGAGGAGUCUUUCACACACCUUACAGCAAACUACAGCCACUGUGGAUCACUGGUGAAUCUCCUCCAGUGUCUCUGAUCAUCAGUCCGAGCAGAACUCAACACUUUACUGCUGACUCUCUCUCAAUGAGCUGUGAGGACCAGAGUGACUCUACUGGAUGGACAGUGAGAAGAUACAAAUACAUUGAGGAAUUGGUCACUUGUUCAUCAGUUUCAGGAUCUACAUGUAACAUCAGCUCCCUCUCUACAUCACACACUGGAGUUUACUGGUGUCAGUCUGAAUCUGGAGGACGCAGUAAUCCUAUCAACAUCACAGUGCACUAUGGUACUGUGAUCCUGGACAGUCCUGUCCAUCCUGUGACUGAGGGACAUCCUCUGACUUUACACUGUUUAUCUCGCAGCAAAAAGAUCCCAGGCUCUGGUGUUGAUUUCUAUAAAGAUGAUUCCAUCCUCCAGAACCAGACUACAGGAGAGAUGACCAUCAGUAGUGUCUCAAAGUCAGAUGAAGGUUUCUACCACUGUAAACACCCAGAGAGAGGAGAGUCACUGAAAAGCUGGGUUUCAGUCAGAUUGCAAAUGUUUAUUUCACUUAUCCAGGUUGGAAAAGCUCAAGAGAGACCAAAAGCUGUUGUGACUCUGCAGCCUGAUGGAGAGAGAUUCAGUGGAGAGAAAGUCACUUUCACAUGUGAAAUACGAGGACAUGCAGACACUGUGGAUGGGAAAUGGAUGUACAACUGGUAUAAAGAUGGUGUCCAACUUUUUGCCCCUGUUGAAAACAGAGAAUAUUCAUUUACUGCUGUAGAGUCUUUCAGUGGUAAAUAUACCUGCAGUGGACAGAGAAAAAGUGACUCACAGACUUCAGAGACCAGCACUGCUGUUACACUCACUGUGUCAGGAAAAUCUCCUCCAGUUUCUCUGAUCAUCAGUCCGAGUAGAACUCAACACUUUACUGAUGACUCUCUCUCACUGAGCUGUGAGGACCAGAGUAACUCUACUGGAUGGACAGUGAGAAGAUACAGAUACAGUGAGGAAUUGUUCAAUUGUUCAUCAGUGUCAGGAUCUACAUGUAACAUCAGCUCCCUCUCUACAUCACACACUGGAGUUUACUGGUGUCAGUCUGAAUCUGGAGGACGCAGUAAUCCUGUCAACAUCACAGUGUACAAUGGUGCUGUGAUCCUGGACAGUCCUGUCCAUCCUGUGACUGAGGGACAUCCUCUGACUUUACGCUGUUUAUCUCACAGCAAAAUGAUCCCAGACUCUGGUGUUGAUUUCUAUAAAGAUGAUUCCAUCCUCCAGUCCCAGACUACAGGAGAGAUGACCAUCAGUAGUGUCUCAAAGUCAGAUGAAGGUUUCUACCACUGUAAACACCCAGAGAGAGGAGAGUCACUGAAAAGCUGGGUUUCAGUCAGAGUUGCUUCAAGUUCAGUGCUCAGACUGAUCAGUAGUCUAGUGACGGUUUCUGUGUAUCUGCUGCUGACCAUCGUUGUGGCAGUGAAAUGUUUCAGAGCUCGAGUUCAGAUGGAUGAAGACAACACCCAGAAUGCUGUUAUAGAGGAGCAAACAAAAAAAAAAUCAGAUUUUGUGAUUGUGAAAUAAUUUAGAUUACUUAUUUUUGAAUAUUUACUACUAGCUGUUUAUUUACUUGGGGUCACGACUUAUAUUAAUGCAGUGUACAGUAAAAUGAACUAGAUAAUAAGACCACAUUUUUUUUUACUCAAUAACUACAUCUUUAUGUUUUAAUAUAACUGGAUAAAAUAUUUUAUAGAUUUAUUAAUAACAUUUUGUACAGAUGUCCUUGAUAUACAGUAUAACAUCUGACCAUCACACCAAUCUGUGCUUGUUCCCUGUUAUAAUCAUCUUCUGGGAAACCACUAGAUUUUGUAGAAUGGCAGUGGGGAUUUGUGUUCAUUCAGCUACAAGAGCAUUAGUUAGAUCACAGGUCAGGUGAGGAGGUUUAUUAUUAGUUUAUCAUUAUAGUUUAUGAUUAAUCUAAAUGAUCUGGCAUUAAAACAAUCAACUUUUUAUAGUAUGUAUGUGGACUUUUUUAGUGUGUGCUGGAAACAAAACACACCCAGUCCUCCUCAAUAAAAUCACCGUCAUACAUUUCUGUUAAUAGUCAAUGAUCUAUAGAUUUUUACAAAUAAUAAAAAACACUGAAAUGUGUUGGAAAGUGGUGACUCAGUGCUUCAGUCUUUGCAUUGAUCAGAUUCAGUUUAAAUUGCAACACAUUGAGAAAAACCCUCAACUGCUCUUUUGUAUCUUGUACCAGCUAUAAAUUGUCAGCAAAUGUAAAAUGCAAAUAUUUUAUUUUAUAAAUUGUUUAAUCAUUUUUGCUUGUAAUAUAUAAAAACAUUUCCAAAACCAGCAUCAGUAGUUUAUAAAGCAGAGACCAGGCCUUUUCAAAAGGCUUUGAUAUUACAUUUUUAAAACUGUAUAAAGAAUUCUUUGGCUUUUCUUUCUUUUUACGAAAAUACCUUUUCUGAAAUUUCUGAAUAUUUUUGAAUAAAUAAUAUGCAAGUUACACUGUUUUCAG